AUCGCUUGUACCGUGUAUCCAAUUUCUCAUUGAGAACACCAACGUUACCCACAUAUCAGCCGCGACUAUGAGUACUGUUUGUACCAAGAUCACAAGAGCCCUUUCCUUCCAGGUGUCCAAGCUUGGAUACCCCAACAUCUUGAUCAAAUCGUCCACCAAACCCAAGUAAGCUGCCCGCCAAAGAGUUCUCUGAAACGCCAUGGAGAUAUUCCAGAUCCAUCCCAAAGACGGCGAGACUAGGAUAGAUAGAACGAUGGCCACGAUAGUCCCGAGUGCGGCUGGGAAGAAUUCUGACCGGCGCUGCGGCUCAUCAAAAUUACGAGUGGGAAUGAUGUACUCGCGCAGUAGGCCAUCAAGAAUCAAAUCAGGGAUGUAGUGACGCAGGAAGGACCCAUCGUGGAACAGGAUCCCAGAUGUGAGCAAUGCUACUGCGCGGUAGCGCCAGUCUCGGCGUGUGAAUGGAAUCCUUUGCUCUGGUGUCAAAGGCGGUCGAUUGGAUGGAUAGAUGAGGGUUGCGACCAGAUGAGUUGGAACGAUGCUACUGAUAACAAUCGCUUGUUGCUUGAAGGGGUUGAUUGGAGAUAUAAGAAGCACGAGAAUCGUAAUGACGGGGACGUAGAGGUGAGCGAAUGACUGCCAUGCGGGUGGAGGCGCGGCUGUUGCGAUCGGGCGGAAAUCCAUGCUUACGCGGAAACGAGGUGUCUACUGUGAGGUUUCCUGGCUGACGGGGUUGCGACUGAGGUUUGGUGGAUCAACUGAGCAGAUGAAGUUGACAU